AUGUCAGAACCAGUCCCUCAAGAGACUCAAGCCGCCCCUCCAGCAGUAGAAGCCACGACCGCUCCUGCUCCCACCCAAGCUGGCGAGGGUGAAACACCAGCUGGACCCUCUAAAUCAGAAUUGAAGAAGAGGGCCAAAGAAGCUGAAAAGGCCAAGAAGGCCGCUGAGCGAGCCGCAAGGGAAGAGGAGGAAAGGAAGAAGAGAGAGGCUAAGGAAGCUGAGGAUCAUGCCAAACAAAAUUACGGGAAAUUGCCUUUGCACCAAAGCCAGGAGAGAAACCACCGCAAAUUCCUCAAGUUUGCUGAACUCUCGCCUGAAUCCGUUGGUCAAAGGGUAAUCUUCCGAGCUAGAAUGCACAACUCCCGAGCUCAAGGUGCCAAGAUCGUCUUCCUCGCUUUCCGACAACAAACCCACACCCUCCAAGGUGUACUCGUUGUAUCAGGUGAAAAGGAUGAAAAUCAAGUGUCAAAACAGAUGCUCAAAUAUUCUCAACUUAUCCCUUCCGAAUCCAUUGUUCUCGUCGAGGGAGUGAUAAAAUCAGCCGAAGUAAAGAGUUGUACAAUCACCAAUUAUGAAGUUGGUAUUCACAAGCUCUUCACUGCUGUCGAAGUUGGAGAUCUUCCAUUUUCAAUUGACGAUGCUUCUCGAGCCGAAGCUGAUUUCGAGAAAGCAGAGAAGGAUGAGAACCUCCAAUACUCUAGGGUAGCUCUUCCUACUCGACUCGAUAACAGAGUAAUGGAUUUGAGGACACCUACCAACCAAGCAAUCUUCAGAAUCCAAUCUGCCGUCGGUCAGCUCUUCAGAGAUUACCUCAACUCUCAAGGAUUCAUUGAAAUUCAUUCUCCCAAAUUACAAGGUGCUGCUACUGAGUCAGGAGCAAGUGUCUUCAAGGUUCAAUAUUUCAAUGGGACCGCUUUCCUUGCUCAAUCUCCUCAAUUGGCUAAACAGAUGGCUAUUGCUGGAGAUUUCGAGAGGGUAUAUGAGAUUGGACCUGUAUUCCGAGCCGAAGAUUCCAAUACUCAUCGACACAUGACCGAAUUCAUGGGUCUCGAUCUCGAAAUGGCCUUUGAAGAGCACUACCAUGAAGUUUUGGAAGUUCUCGACGAAAUGUUGAAAAACAUCUUCAAGGGAUUACAAUCUAAAUUCCAGCAUGAGAUUGAAGUCAUCAAGAAACAAUUCCCUCAUGAAGAUUUCUUGUUCUUGGAUGAAACUUUGAAAUUACCUUUCAAGGAAGGUAUCAAGAUGCUCAAAGAGGCUGGGGCGAAGGGCAGUGACGGUGAGGAAUUGGGAGAGUUGGAUGAUUUGAGUACUGAAAAUGAGAAAUUCCUCGGUCGACUCGUUCGUGAAAAGUACAAAACCGACUAUUUCAUCCUCGAUAAGUUCCCCUUGGCCAUCAGACCAUUCUACACCAUGCCUGAUCCCACCGACUCGACUCUCUCCAACUCGUACGAUUUCUUCAUGCGUGGUGAAGAGAUCUUAUCAGGUGCUCAGAGAGUACACGACCCCGUGUUCUUAGCUGAACGAAUGAAGUCGGUCGGAAUCGACCCAGCUUCAAUGACUGGUUAUUUGGAUGCCUUCAAGUUGGGUGCUCCGCCCCAUGCCGGAGGUGGUAUCGGUUUAGAAAGAGUUGUGAUGUUGUUCUUGAAAUUGGGUAAUAUAAGAAGAGCGAGUUUGUUUCCUAGAGAUCCAAAGAGGUUGAAUCCUUAG